CCUUGACAGAUUCGCGCACGAACACGAACAUUUUUAGUCUUUGGUUUUUGUUGUUUAAGUUGUCAAUUGUCAAAAGUGCGUUUUCUACGGAAUAGGUAUUUUGUUGUGAGUUUUCAGAAAAAUGCCUAAAUACUAUUGUGAUUAUUGCGAUACUUAUUUGACCCACGAUUCACCAAGCGUCAGAAAAACCCAUUGCACGGGCAGAAAACACAAAGAUAACGUAAAAUUCUAUUACCAGAAAUGGAUGGAAGAACAAGCACAACAUCUCAUUGAUGCUACGACUGCCGCGUUCAAAGCGGGUAAAAUUGCUCAGAAUCCAUUUGGUAAUAAAGGAGCAGCCAUUCCUCCUCCAUGGGAUCCUUCUGUUAUGGCACAAGGAGGGCCCAGACCACCAGUACCCACACCUGGUGGACCUCCAGGGAUGUUGCCACCACCGGGAAUGGGACCUGGCGGACCUAUGGCUCCUCCUAUGAUGAUGGGACCACAUGGACCUAUGCCCCCUAUGAUGGGAAUGCGGCCACCUAUGAUGGGCCCAUUGAUGGGACCUAUGGGCCCUAUGGGUCCAAUGGGUCAAAUGCGCCCACCGUUGAUGAAUGGACCACCUAUGAACAAAUAGUGCAUAGUGGACAAUUCUAAAUGAACAUUAUAGACAAAGAUGUCUAAAAAGUGCUGCAUAUUUAAGGUUAUGUUAGGUACAGAUGUAUUAAAUAUAUUUAAAAUGAA